AUGGAGAAAGACAACGUCCUACAACGCGAAGAAUCGCUCAAUGCCACCAAGGAGGUCAAAGUGAUCUCUGGAACGGCGGCAUUCCAGGAGGCUCUACUCAAAGAGCCUCCUAAGCCGUGGGCAAUCCGGUCUCUGUGCCUCUACCUGGCCUGCAUCGUCUGUUUCCUGUGUUCGACUGCCAACGGUUUCGACGGCUCGUUGAUGAAUUCGUACCUGCAAACGGAGGACUUCAAGCACUUCUUCCACAUCGAGAACGUGGGGCUAUGGUCCGGUAUCGUGGCCAACAUGUACACCAUUGGCGGCGUGGUUGCUCUGCCUUUCGUCGGGCCUGCGCUCGACCAGUUCGGUCGGAGGGGAGGCAUGUUCACGGGAGCCACCCUCAUCAUCAUCGGCACGAUCAUCCAGGCCAUGACCGUCAACAACGCGAGUCGGGGUCAAUUCAUGGGUGGUCGGUUCGUUCUUGGAUUUGGCGUCAGUUUCGUGAGCGCCGGAGGCCCGAUCUUGGUCAUGGAAAUGGCGCACCCCGCCCAUCGUGGCAUCAUGACGGCGUGGUACAACACCUUCUGGUUUACCGGGUCCAUCCUUGCCAGCGGCGCAGCUCGUGGUACCAUGAACCUGCGCGGCCACAACAGCUGGCUCAUCAUAACGUGGCUUCAGCUGCUUUUCUCGGGCAUUGUUUUCAUUUUCGCGUGGAUCCUCCCCGAAUCGCCCCGAUGGCUGUACACGCGCGGCAAGCGUGACAAGUGCCGAAACAUGUUGACGUACUGGCACGGCCAUGGCAACGCCAACAGUGUCUGGGUGACUCUGCAGCUACAGGAGUACGAAGAAUACCUUGAGAUGAACGGUGCCGACAAGCGUUGGUGGGAUUACCGUGCGCUGUUCCGCGACAGGCCUUCUAUCUACCGUGUUUGCUGCAACUUGGUUGUCGUGGUUUUUGGACAGUGGGCUGGAAAUGCUGUUCUGUCGUACUACCUCGGUGGCGCUCUCGAGACGGCCGGAUACACAAAAGAGGUUGAGCAGAAGAACAUCAACCUGAUUCUCAACUGCGUCCAGUUUGUGUCCGCUUUGGUUGGUGCGCGCACAGUCGAUUUCUUUGGGCGCCGUCCUCUGCUUCUCUUCGCAAACAUCGGAAUGGCCAUCUGCUGGGUCUGCAUAACAGCUUCGACAGCCAUCCUGGCCGGCGACAAAACCAACACCAAUGCCGGACAAGCUGCUAUCGCGUUUAUCUUCCUUUUCAACAUCAUCUUCGCCUUCGGUUUCACGCCUCUUCAACAACUCCUGCCUGUCGAGGUUCUUUCUUUCGAGCAGCGCGCCAAAGGCAUGGCCCUGUCUUCAUUCGUGAUGAACCUGGCCAUGCUUUUGAAUAACUACGCCUGGCCCGUCUCCCUGAAGAAGAUCCAUUGGAAGACCUACAUCAUCUUCGCAGUCUGGGAUGUGUUCCAAACAAUCGUUAUUUACUUCCUCAUCCCUGAGACAAAGAACCGGACUCUCGAGGAACUCGACGACAUCUUCCACGCUCCUAAUCCCGUCAAGGCGUCCCUGGAGAAGAAGAAAAUCGCGCUGGACGAGGGCAACGGUGUUGUGGAGGUUGAGAAUGCGUAG